GACCUUGAUAUUGUCGACUGUCAAUCACCCCACUUUUGAACAAAUAAUUUCAAGUCAAUUUUUUCAAUUCUUGAUUUAUCAAUCUAAUAAGAACUGUUAUCUUUUCGGCAGCGCCGAGAUCAUGAUUUCGAACCAUGAUUUUCCAAUGAAUGAGAAUCUUUCCUGUGGGUUCAAAGUGAAAUUUUGGAUUUCUUGUUGAUUGUUUGGUGUUGUAUCUUAUCUCCGCAUUGAGUUCAACCUUCAAGAUAAUAUAAUUGUUUCUACUUGUCAUUGAAAUGGCUUUCAAUACGGGAUUAUUGGUACUAACAAAUUUAAAACAAGUAGGGUCUGUUUUAUCUUCUGUUCAGCAAAAGGUGUCUAGGAUUUUAUAUAUACAACUUUUUAACGCUUUAUCCGACAAUACAAACAAUAUCCAGAACAAUUUCGUUUCAUCCCUGCCCAAAUAUAGUCAGGAAAUUCAUGGUGUUUAUGCACAGGCUGCAAGACACUGUAAAAAUUUGGAUGUCAGAGUACUUCUUUCUGGUCUAAAGUACAAUAAACCGGAAAUAAAGACACAAAACCCAAUAGAUGUCGUAAUUUUCGAUAAGAAUUAUAAUAAUGCUGAUAUACAACAAUUUUUGAAUGAGAGGGUCAAUACAUUAACUCGAAAUUACAAGAUUUUAACUUUGGACAAUGUACAAGAACACAAUAACGAAGAAUUGAAGUUUGGAGGAUUUGAUGAUAAUGUAGAGAAUAAAUUAUUCAAACAUGGGGUUAUAGGAGGUACAUUUGAUAGGUUGCACUUAGCCCACAAGUUUCUAUUGAGUGAAUUGGCAAUAAGAACCGAAUCUAAAAUAACAAUAGGAAUAACAGAUGAAGAAAUGAUCAAAGGAAAAAUUCUCAGUGAACUGAUUGAAAGUCUUCCAACUAGGGUGGAUAACGUGAAAAAUUUCAUGAAUGAUAUAUGCCCUGAAGUUCCCUGUGAAAUUGUUCCCAUUUCUGAUCCAUUUGGACCUUCUAUUGUUGAUCCUACUAUGGAUAUGUUAGUUGUUAGCAGAGAAACACUCAGAGGUGGCCAUAAGGUCAACGAAGUGCGUCAAUCAAGAAACCUAUCAAAACUCUAUAUACACCCUGUGGAUCUGCUAGAAGAGCCGAAUUGUGGUCCGGAGGAAGAGAAAAAGAUCAGUUCAAGUACUGCGAGGAUGAGACUGUUAGGAACACUCCUAAAACCGGUGAAAGUUAACAACAAAAUUCCUUCAAGACCCUACGUUAUCGGAUUAACAGGAGGCAUUGCCAGUGGCAAAUCCGGCGUUUCCAAUUGGUUUGAAGAGUUGGGGGCUCUUGUAAUAGAUGCUGACUUAAUUGGACACGGGAUUUAUAAAAAGGGUAAACCUUGUCACAAACUGUUGGUCGAUAAAUUUGGAGAAGGAAUUUUGGCUGAGGACGGAGAGAUCGACAGGAAGAAGUUGGGAGCUAUUGUGUUUAGAGAUAGGAACCAACUGGAGAAACUGAACACCACAGUAUGGCCGGAAAUGUUGAAAGACAUUCUGGAAAUCAUCAGUAAAGCAUCGCAAGAUGUUGUUAUAAUAGAUGCAGCCAUUUUACUACAGGCCGAGUGGCAGAAUCACUGUCAUGAGGUUUGGACAACUUUAGUUCCUAAAGAGGAAGCUGUUAAAAGGCUUAUAGAAAGGAACGGUAUGAGCGAGGAACAGGCCUUGAUGAGAAUCCAAGCGCAGCCUUCUAGUACCACUUAUGUGGGGGCAGCCAAUGUCGUUUUAUCCACGUUGUGGAGUAAGGAUUAUACGAGAAUGCAGGUUCGUCGAGCUUGGGAUCUGUUGAGGACUAGGAUGGAAGCACAAGCCAAGGAAGAGGCCUGCCCUUGAAAAGCAUAUGUAGGACCAAAGUUUGUUUAAUAUGUUUUUGUUACACAACUUUUUUUUUUGUUGGAUUUUGCAAGUGGAUUUUAUACAGUCGUUAGUGUUGAUUAAAGAUAUUUUUAGAUAAA